AUGCCUAGCCAACCCUUUCCCAAGGUGGAAGGCUAUCAACCAAGGAAUGAUCUCAGAAACAGGGGCUUGGCCGGUCGAGUUGAGGAACUCGACCGGUUGGUCGAGUGGACGGUCGAGCUGGUCUUCAAGAUGCUUCUCCCUUCUUCCUUUGCGUGUCCAGUUGAGCUGCUUCCAUGUGCCAAGUCCCUCCAUGCUCCUCAUGUCCCAUAUGCUCCAGAAUGCUCCAAAAGACCUAUUUCAAAGGACCAAACAUGCAUAUGCCGCUUUCAUCAACCACUUCUACACCAAGCAAAGAUCAGUUUCUGUAAGGAACAAGAUCUCCAACUUUCGCCAAGCCACAAUGAAUCUUUCUAUGAGGCGCUAGACCGAUUCAAGGAGUACAUUAGGGACUGCCCUAAUCAUGGUUUCAAGGAGGGAAACCUAUGGAAUAUCUUCUAUCGUGGCAUAGACCACAAGUACAAGCUUUCAUUGGAUACUGCAAGCAAUGGAAACUUCAUGACCAAGACAAUUGAUGAAGCUAAGGUUCUUAUUGAGAAUCUUGCAGCUAGUGAUUGUAACAAUUGUCCUGAUUAUGAUCGCUCAAGCCGCACCACUACUAGCUCCCCUGAUGUUUCUCAAAUGGCUGAACUCAAGAACAUGAUGGCUCAAGUUCUUAAGGGACAGCUCAAGCAUAUCAAUGCAAUAGAAGGGAUGAGUGAUGCGAAUGAAGACCCAUCAAGAGAUGCAUGGGAGAUUUCUCUAAUGAACUAA